CGCUUCUUCUUCUUCUUCUUCUUCUUCUCAAUUGGUUUAUGAUCAUGGGAGAGAGCAUAAAUUUGCCUCCUGGUUUCAGGUUCCACCCCAAAGACGAGGAGAUCAUCCUUCACUACCUCAUCCCCAGGAUCGUCAACCUCAGCUUCACCUCGACGGCCAUGGGAGAUGUGGACUUGAACAAGUGCGAACCAUGGCAACUUCGAAGCAAGGCGAAGAUGCAAGGGGAGAAGGAGAUGUACUUCUUCUUCCAAAAGGACAGGAAGUACCCGACAGGGAUGAGGACCAACAGGGCCACCGAGUCUGGCUACUGGAAAGCCACCGGGAAAGACAAGGAGAUCUUUAAGGCCAAAACCACCGCCCUCAUCGGCAUGAAGAAAACCCUUGUGUUCUACAAGGGAAGAGCUCCCCGGGGUGAAAAGACCAAUUGGGUGAUGCAUGAAUUCAGGCUCGAAGGCCAGCAUCUCCUCCCCAAUCUCCCAAGAUCUUCCAAGGAUGAAUGGGUAGUAUGCAGGGUUAUGAACAAGAACAUAGGGCUGAAGAGACUGAUCAAUAGUCCACCAGCAGGAGAUGAUCUCGUUGAUGGCACCUUGCCUCCAUUGAUCGAGUCAAACCUAAAUUAUGAUCAUCAACACCAGAACAACGUCGCCAUGAAUCCAUUUUGGGGUUCGCAAUCAGCUCCUUCUCUUCAAACCCUAAACUACAGCAACAUCUAUAGCUCAGUGGGGACGGCGAGCUUGGGAGCUUACCUCCUCCAAGAUGGGACAUUGCUGGGAUCAUCUGCGAGCAUGAUGGAGUGCAAGUUAGAGAAUCCGUCGCUCGAGAAAGGAUUGAGCACCGAUCGUAACAUCGAUAUCUCUUCUGUAAUGCCGAUGAAGCACUAUGACGACUACUUUGAUGAGGCAUGGACAAGUACUUACGGAUUUUGAUUAGUACACAAUUACUUACAGGGGAAGGAUUUGGAAACGAUUAAUUAUUUGUGUUAAUUAAUUAAUUAGCAGCGUUAUAAAUUGUUUAAUUAGGAUAUAUAGUAAUGUAUAUGGACCUCUCGUGCCUUGUUUAGUAGAGAGAAGGGCCUUUGAAAUGGCCAUUGCACUAGUUGUUGCUUGCUUGUUUACAUCCACUUUGAACUCUUCUGUAAGGAACUGGGAAGAGAGGAGAGUGAGAGUUAAUAUGUUCUUGAAGUUGUUUCUUUUAUCGAAUUAUUUUCUAGU